CGUAUCAGGUGGACGGGAUAUUCGACCCCACCGGCUUGAUCUAGCAUCUCUGCCUGCCUUCAAAACACUUCUAUGGCAGUUGUGUGAUCCCAGUAACCGAGGCAGGGAGUACGCAUGUUAUGCCUUCAUUAGUCGGAUAUAUUUAUUCAGAUUCCAUUUGACAGUGAGUCCGAUUGUGGAUUCACAGGCUAUUUAACUCAACUAUGCCAGCGAAGAAGCACGGUGGCGCGAGGCUCUAGCCUAUUCCUAAUUCGCUCGCUGGUUCAUUGAUACAGGCACCUCAUCGACUGAUUUUGCUAGGUCUAUUUAAUUGGGAGGAAAAACAUAUCUGGAAUUGGGGUUGAAGGGUGGUUCUGGGAAACAGGCGCGAUGGCCAAUGCCUCCACAGACUUGGACAACGCGGAGGCUCAGCGCCAACUUAACAACAACAACACCCGUCCGACCAGUAGCUCGGGACACUGGGAAACCGAGGUCACCAGCUCCAAGCUGUUUGAGUGCUCCCGUAUCAAGGCCUUGGCGGAAGAGAGGGAUGCUGUCCAGAAGAAGACCUUCACAAAGUGGGUGAACUCCCACCUGGCCAGAGUGUCCUGUCGGAUCGCUGACCUCUACAAUGACCUGCGGGACGGCUACAUGCUCACCAGGCUGUUGGAAGUCCUGUCUGGAGAAAUGCUGCCGAGGCCUACGCGGGGACGGAUGCGGAUCCACUGCCUGGAGAACGUGGACAAGGCCCUGCAGUUCCUCAAGGAGCAGAGGGUCCACCUGGAGAACGUUGGAUCCCAUGACAUCGUCGAUGGCAACCACCGUCUCACCCUCGGCCUCAUCUGGACCAUCAUCCUUCGCUUCCAGAUCCAGGUGAUUAAGAUCGAGUGUGAAGACAACAGGGAGACACGGUCAGCUAAGGACGCCCUUCUUCUCUGGUGCCAGAUGAAAACCGCUGGGUACUCUGAGGUCAACAUUCAGAACUUCACUACCUGCUGGAGAGAUGGCCUUGCCUUCAACGCUCUCAUUCACCGACACAGGCCUGAUUUGAUUGAAUUCCAUAAGCUGAUCCGGUCCAAUGCCACACACAACCUCCAGCAAGCCUUCAAUGUCGCUGAGCAGAACCUGGGGCUCACCAAACUCCUGGACCCUGAAGAUGUGAAUACAGAGAACCCAGAUGAGAAGUCGAUAAUAACCUAUGUGGUGUCUUACUACCAUUACUUCUCCAAGAUGAAAGCCCUCAGAGUGGAGGGCAAGAGAGUGGGAAAGGUGCUGGAUAAUGCCAUCGAGGGCCAGAAGAUGAUCGAUCGAUAUGAAGCUCUGGCCACGGAGCUGCUGGAGUGGAUCGAGAAGACCAUCGGCAUCAUCAGCAACCAAAAGUUUGCCAACUCCUUAACAGGUGUCCAGCAACAGCUUCAAGCCUUUACCACCUACUGCACCAUCGAGAAGCCCAUCAAGUUCCAAGAGAAAGGGAACCUAGAGGUGCUCCUCUUCACCAUCCAAAGCAAGCUGAGGGCUAACAACCAGAAGCCAUACGUGCCUCAUGAAGGGAAACUCAUCUCUGACAUCAACAAGGCAUGGGAAAGGCUGGAAAAGGCAGAGCAUGAACGAGGCGUGGCCCUGCGGCAGGAGCUCAUUCGCCAGGAGAAACUGGAGCUGCUGGCUCAGCGGUUUGACCAUAAGACCACCAUGAGGCAGGCUUGGCUCAACGAGAACCAACGCCUCGUGUCUCAGGACAACUUUGGCUACGACCUGCCUGCAGUGGAGGCGGCCAAGAAGAAGCAUGAUGCCAUCGAGGCGGACAUCUCGUCUUACGAGGAGCGCAUCGGCGUGGUGGUGGAGCUGGCCGGGGAGAUGGAGGCCGAGGGUUACUAUGAUAUCCGGCGCAUCUCGGCCCGCAAGGAGAACAUCCUUGGCCAGUGGAGCCUGCUGAAGGAGCUGGUGGUUGGAAGGAAGGCCCGGCUGGAGAAGAACCUAGCCCUGCAGAAGACCUUCCAAGAUAUGGUCUACAUGAUUGACUGGAUGGAGGACAUGCAGGUCCAGCUCCUGUCCAAAGACUUCGGCAAGCACCUGCUGGAGGUGGACGACCUGCUUCAGAAACACAGCCUCCAGGAGGCCGACAUAGCAGUGCAGGCCGACAGGGUUCAGACACUCAACACCGCUGCUCUCAAAUUCACUACCAUCGAUGGCUACCAGCCAUGUGACCCCCAGGUGAUCUGUAACCGGGUCAACCACGUCAGCACCUGCCUGGAGGAGCUGAAGCAGCUGGCAGCCAAGCGCCGCACUGAGCUGGAGGAGUCUCAACACCUCUGGGCCUUCUUCCAGGAGCUGGAGGAGUCUGAGGCCUGGAUACGGGAGAAGAGCUCCAUCUUGGCCUCCCAGACCUGCGGCAAGGACCUGAGCAGUGUGCUUCGGCUGCUCCAGAAACACAAGACCCUGGCCGGAGAGCUGCUGGCCCACCGCUCCCUCCUCCAGCAGACCAUGAAAAAGGGCAAGCAGAUCCUAACGGAGAAGAGCUUCGGCACGGGUGGCAUCCAGGAGCGCAUCAUGGAGGUGAAAGCGGAAUGGAAGAGGCUGGAGGACCAGGCGGCGCAGAGGCUCGGCCACCUCCAGGAGGCGCUCAACUUCUUCCAGUUCAGCACGGAGACGGACGACCUGCUAGCCUGGCUGCAGGACGCCUACCGCCUGGUGUCCAGCGAGGACUUCGGCCACGACGAGUACUCCACCCAGUCGCUACUCAAGAAGCACCGGGGUGUGCGCGAGGCUGUGGACAAACACCGGCUGCACGUCGUCACGCUGCGCAAACACAUGGUGGCGCUGCCACUGCACUACCGGGAACUGGAGGAGGUGCAGACCAGGAUGGGCGAGGCGGAGCAGCUGUAUGCCGAGGUGGCCGAAGUGGCCGUCCUCAGGCAGCAGUGGCUGCACGACGCGCUGGCUGUCUACCGCAUGUUCAGCGAGGUCAAUGCCUGCGAGGUGUGGAUCGACGAGAAGGAGCAGUGGCUCGACAAGAUGGAGGUACCGGAGAGGCUUGAGGACGUGGAGGUCGUAGCCCACAGGUUUGAGAGCCUGGAUCAGGAGAUGAACAGCUUGAUGGGAAGGAUCCUGGAUGUGAACCAGAUCGUACAGCAACUCCUGGACAGUGGUCACCCCAGCUCUACGGAGGUCAGAGGUUGUCAGGACCAUCUCAACAGCAGGUGGAACCGAAUCGUUGAGAUGGUGGAGCAGAAGAAGCAUCACCUGGACUCGGUGCUCCGCCUCCAGAACUACCUGCUGGAGUGUGCUGAGAUCAAGUCCCAGAUCCAGGACAAGCGCAAGGCCAUCGAUGCCACUCAGUACGUGGGCAGCGACCUGGGCGGGGUUCUGGCCCUGCAGCGCCGACUCACCACCAUGGAGGGGGCCCUGGCCGUGCUGGAGCCCAAGCUGCUCCACCUGCAGCAGGAGGCAGAGGAUCUGGCCGUGGCGCACCCGGCCAGGGCUGUGGAGAUCCUGGUGCCCUUUGAGGGCAUCAGCGUGGAGUGGGAGGAGCUGAAGCGCACGCUGCAGGGGUGCGAGGACUCCCUGAUGGUGGCGGGGCGGCUGCAGCAGUUCAUUCAGGACCUGGACUCCUUCCUCACGUGGCUGGUCCAGACCCAGACAGCGGCGGCCAGCGACGAGCUGCCCAACGCCCUGGAGGAGGCUGAGCGGCUGAUCAACCGCCACGCGGCGCUGAAGGAGGAAAUCGGGAGGUAUGAGGAAGACUACGAGAGGCUGCAGGCGGUCAACGAGCUCCUGGAGGCCGAGGAGGCUCCCCUGCCUUAUGCAGCCCUGCAGCAGUGGCUCCAGAAGCUGGAUGUGGGCUGGAACAAGCUCCUGGAGAUGUGGGAGAGCCGUCGGGAGGUGUUGGUGCAGGCGCACAUCUUCCAUCUCUUCCUGAGAGACGUCAAGCAGGCAGAGGCCUUCCUCAACAACCAGGAGUCAGCCUUGGCCCACGUUGAGCUCCCCACCACGGUGGAGACAGUGGAGGCCGCCAUCAAGAAGCACAAGGACUUCACCACGACCAUGGAACUCAACCUGCACCGCAUCAAGGCUGUCAUCGAGGCUGGAGAGAGCCUCAUCAGCCAGAGCAACAUCUACUCUGACCGCAUCAAGGAGCGCGUGGACACCCUCGCCACCAGAGGCAACCAGAACCGGGAGCUGGCCCAGCAGUGGCUGGAGAAGCUUAAUGGUCAGUGGGGCCUACAGAGGUUACUACAGGACUGCCACGAGCUUGGAGACUGGGUGGCAGAGAAGAUGCUAAUGGCUCGUGACACGUCCCGCGAUGAGACACAGAAGCUGCACAAGAAGUGGCUGAAGCACCAGGCCUUUAUGGCUGAGCUGGCCCAGAACAAGGAGUGGCUGGAGAAGAUCGAGAGGGAGGGUCAGCAGUUGAUCCAAGAGAAGCCUGAGCUGAGCCCGGUGGUGAGGAGGAAGCUGGGGGAGAUCCGGGAGUGUUGGCAGGACCUGGAGAGCACAACCCAGGCCAAGGCCCGCCAGCUGUUCGAAGCCAACCGAGCCGACCAACUGGUGCAGAGCUACACCAGCCUGGACCAUCGACUGCACCAAUUGGAGGGGCAGCUGGGCUACGUGGACCAGGGUCAGGACCUGACCACUGUCAACAAGCAGCUCAAGAAGCUCCAGACUAUGGAAAGCCAGAUGGAGGAGUGGUACAAGGAGGUGGGGGAUUUGCAGGUGGUGGCUGCCUCCAUCUCUCAGCAGGGUCAGGUCAUGGACACGGUCAGCGAGAGGCAGGCUGAAGUGGAGACACGCAUUGUCCGCCUCAUCGAACCGCUCAAGGAGCGCCGGCGCAUUCUCCUGGCCUCCAAGGAGGUUCACCAAGUGGGCCGGGACUUGGAGGAUGAGAUACUGUGGGUUCAGGAACGCCUGCCAGCAGCCACGUCCCAGGAGCACGGCUCCAGCCUACAGGCAGUGCAGCAGCUCAUGAAAAAGAACCAGACACUGCAGAGAGAGCUGCAGGGCCACCGGGCGAGGGUGGAGGACGUUCUGGACCGGGCCAACGUCAUCGCCUCCAUCCGCAGCCCCGAGGCAGACUGUGCGCGGGCCGGCCUGGAGCAGCUCAACGGGCUGUGGGGCCUGCUUUGGGCCGAGACGGAGAGGAGGCAGCUGGUGCUGGACGCCAUGUACCAAGCCCAGCAGUACUACUUUGACACGUCCGAGGUGGAGGCCUGGCUUAGCGAACAGGAGCUGCACAUGAUGAAUGAGGAGAAGGGCAAGGAUGAGCCCAGCACUUUACAGCUGCUGAAGAAGCACCUGGUCCUAGAGCAGACGAUAGAGGAUUACGCCGAGACGAUUGGCCUCCUCUCCCAGCAGUGCAGACAGCUACUGGAGAUGGGACACCCUGACAGUGAACAGAUCAGUAAACGCCAGUCUCAGAUGGACCGGCUGUACGUGUCCCUGAAGGACCUGGUGGAGGAGAGGAAGUCUCGUCUGGAGCAGCAGUACUGGCUCUACCAGCUGAACCGCGAGGUGGACGAGCUGGAGCAGUGGAUAGCUGAAAGGGAGGUGGUGGCCAGCUCGCCAGAACUCGGACAGGACUUUGAACAUGUCACGAUCCUGCAGGAGAAGUUCACUGAGUUUGCAUCAGAGACGGGCAGUCUGGGUCAGGAGCGCGUGACGGCAGUCAACCAGAUGGUGGAUGAGCUGAUUGACUACGGCCACGCUGACGCCGCCACCAUCGCUGAGUGGAAGGACGGUGUAAAUGAGGCCUGGGCCGACCUACUGGAGCUCAUGGAGACCCGGGCCCAGAUGCUGGCCGCCUCGCACCAGCUCCAUAAAUUCUUUGCCGACUGCCGCGAGGUCUUGGCCCAAAUCGAUGAUAAGAAGCGGAGACUGCCCGAGGUGCAGGCGUGCCAGGGUGGCAGUGCCAACACCAGCACCCUGCAGAGGCUCAUGCACAGCUUUGAGCAUGACAUCCAGCUGCUCGUCACCCAGGUGAGGCAACUCCAGGAGAGUGCAGGUCAGCUCAGGACCGUCUACGCCGGUCAGAAGGCCGAGGCCAUUGCCAGCCGGGAACAGGAUGUGAUGCACUGCUGGAAGGAGCUCUUGACCUCCUGUGAGGAAUGCAGAGUGCAGAUCACCACGGCGACGGACAAACUGCGGUUCUUUGGUGUGGUGCGAGACCAGAUCAUGUGGAUGGACAGCAUCAUCUGCCAGAUUGGCACUGGCGAGAAUCCGAGCUUUCUCCCCAGCGAUAUAACAGGCUCUGGACUCUCUGGUCCUUUCAGGGAUGUGUCCUCAGUGGAGGUACUGAUGAACUACCACCAAAGCUUAAAGAGCGAGGUGGAGGCGCGCUGUAAAAGUACGCUGCAGUGCAUCGAGAUGGGCAAGACACUUUUGGCCGCACGCAACCCUGCUGCUGAGGAGAUCAAGGAGAAGCUGGAUAAGGUGGUGGCCAAGCAGUACGAGCUGUCUGAGAAAUGGGACAGACAUUGGGAGCUCCUGCAGCACAUGCUGGAGGUGCACCAGUUUGCCCAGGAGGCAGUGGUGGCCGAGGCCUGGCUCACAGCUCAGGAGCCCUUCAUCAAUAGCAGUGAGCUGGGCGCCAGCGUGGACGAGGUGGAACAGCUCAUCCGCCGCCACGAGGCCUUCCGAAAGGCAGCGGCCACCUGGGAGGAGCGCUUCAGCUCGCUACGACGUCUCACCACGGUGGAGAAGCUGAAAGCGGAGCAGAGUAAGCUCCCACCCACCCCCUUGCUGGGUCGUAAGGUGUUCCUGGACCCCCAGGAGAUAUCCCCUGCACGCAGCCAUGGCUCCCCCCUGAUGAGACACACCAUUUAUGAGCAGGUGGCGCCCAGAGCUGACAAGCCCCCCCAGGAGCCCUCGCCCUCCUCCGUGGCCCGGCGCCUAGGCUCCACCGUGGCUAAUUACACCCCUGUCAUGAACGGCGCCAGCAGCUACCGCAGCAGCCUGGAGGCCCGGGCCAGCCUCGCGGCGGGAGGCGUGGUCGGAGUGGCAGCUGGCCUGGGAACAGCCGCAAUGGAAGCCCGGGGGGUGGCGACAGGUAUAGGGACCACCGCUGCCAUCGAGGUCCGAGGGUUGGCAGAAGGAUCGGUUACCCCCGCGGUGGAGGCCAAAAGCAUGGCCGCGGGCUUGGCGACCGGUGCGGCGGCCGCCGUCGAGACGAAAGCCUCGCCGUACCUCCGGCAGCCGAAGAUCAAACACCUGGACGACAUGGUGACGCCGAUGCUGGUGGCCUGUCGGCUGGAGAAGGCGAGGGAGAAGGAGGUCAGAGAGAGGCAGCAGAGGGAGAGGGAGAGGGAGACUAUCCUAAUGGAGCCGGCGCCGGUGAUGCCAGUGAUGGCCGAAGUGGUGCUUCAGGAGAUGGGGAGGGAGGGGAGGGAACGGCUGAACAGCGAGCCCAGCAGCAGAGACCAGCGGGCGGGAAGCAGCCGGUCAGAGCCCCACGCGGACCACCAGCAGAGGGACAGGGACCGGGACAGCCGGGACAGCAGGGACAGUCACAGGGAAGCCAGGCUGGAGCGCCAGCACUCGAGCGAGGCCCUGAUGAUCCAGGCACGGCGGGACGAGCUGCCCCAGGAGGUGUGGCGGGAACGGGCCGAGCGCAAAGAGAGGAAGCUGGAGAGGCAGACGUCCAGUGAGCAGGAGGGCCACGUACACGAGGGCCGAAGGAGAGAACGUCACCGGAUGGAGAGACAGGAGUCCAGCGAACACGACACAGCCAAGGAGCAGUCCGACAGACGCUCUACGGAGAAGCGGUCAGGAGGACAGACCUUGUUUGACAUUGUGGAACAGCUGCAGGAGAGGGAGGCGGCACAGGCUAGAGGCGAGAUCCCUAAAGUGCCAAACGGCGUGCCAGAGAAGUCUUCUGGUCGUCCAGACCGCCCGCGAGCACGGGACCGCCCCAAACCCCGACGGAGACCCCGGCCCAAGGAUCCCUCAGCGGGAGACGCCAACAUCACCCGGCGGUCGCGCUCCGCACCAGAAGCAGCCCAGAGCCUGAGUCCAUCCGUCCCCCAGCCACCCACCCACACAGCCCACCAUGAGGGCUUCCUCUUCCGCAAACUGGACAUCGAGACCCUGAAAAAGAGCUCAAACAGCAGAUCCUGGGUCAACCUGUACUGCGUGCUGAACAAAGGAGAGAUAGGCUUCUACAAGGACGCUAAGAACACCAACACACCUUACAACAACGAGCCCAUGCUCAACCUCGGUCACUGCCACUGCGAUGUCACCCUCGGAUACAAGAAGAAGAAGAACGUCUUUACACUUAAAACAAAGGACGGGAGUGAAUUUCUGUUCCAUGCAAAGGAUGAGUCACAGGAUGAUCUGAAGGCCUGGACAACCACCAUCAACAGGAGCAUUGCAGAGCAUGAGGAGAUUGCCAAAUGGGGCCAGCCCCAGCCUACUACCUCAUCCACGGACGAAGGCACGCGUCGCGAAGGCAGCAAGGCAGAAAACAAGUCAGAGCGUGGCGAGAAAUCUGACCGGGGAGAGAGGGUGGAGAGGGCCGAGCGCUCUGAGAGGUCAGACAAAGGGGAGAAAUCGGACCCCAAGCGCUCAGAAAAGUCAAGCAAGAAGAAAUUAGGUUAAUGUGUUUGGCUGGUGAAAGAUAACUUUCACCUCAUCCCCAGAUAAGUUUAGUGAGAAAAUGACAGGAAUAUUUCCCUUGUGAACUGACAGGAUGGAUUUAUAUCUUUACCUCAGUUGCUCUGAGGGUGUCAGACCUGGGCACUAUCACCUAAUGGCUGGCUUGUUCCACCUAUUGCCCUCUGGUGGUGAAAUUGGUGCUCUGCAGAUGCUCCUUCCAGUAAGUGUGUGAUGGACACACCGAAUCAGUUUGUGUUACCGCUGGUAGUGUGUAAAGUAGCUCAUAAUGUUUUCUGUUUCUUUUUUUAUAAGAUGAGCUGUGUCUGUUUGUAACUCUUGUCCAUACAUUCGUCUGUUGUAUGUCUCGAACAUACAAUCUUAUACUCCCUAAUGAAAGAGAAUGAAAUAUGCCAAAAUGUUUUUAUCAACUGGCCUCUUUUUUGGAGAACACUUCUAUGUUGUUAUUUUUUUUUUAUAUAUUUUUGCUCAUUCAUUUUGCCAUUAUUCCUUUUUGGGCUUUCUUUAGUCACCUACAGUGUAAAACAGUGAUAUCGUCGAUCUAAUCCAAACUGAAUUGGUAAAAACUCCACAUUGAGCUAGGAGAUGGAGAAGAGGUCAGUAACAUCAGAGAGCUGGUUUUGUUGUUGAAUGGAUGAGCUGAAACUUUGACCCAGAGGCUAUGUACCCACAGCCAUAGUCAGCUAUGCCUUCAUCUGGGGCCCCAAUAGGCCCCCCAGGACCCAGCAGCCAUUGCCAUCCAGCACCGGAAGCACAGUACUGGAAGCCCUCUAGCAAGACAUCAAGCCUCCUCCUUCCGGCCAUCGGACAGUCUUAACCUCACUCAACAUACCCAGUGAACGUUAUUUGUGUCCAUUCAGAAAGUAUGACAAUGCUUUUUAUAGACAGUCUAAAAUAAUAAGUUGUGUGUGUGUGUGUGUGUGUGUGUGCAUGCAUGUUCGUGUGAAGUGUGUGUGUGUGUGUGUGUGUGUGUGUGCGUGCAGAUGUGGGUCUGUUCUGCUGCUCACCACUCCCAGGGUUUUCAUAGCUCAGGUUUUUUUGUUCACAUCUGCAUCCUCAGUUCUCCCUCAGUCUUCCAGUUCCACAGGGGUUGACAAGGACACACAGCCGAUCGCUCGUUCCAGGGCCUCAGGAGUGCAAGUCCAUGUCAGACGGAUGUAAAGAAAAGCCUCCUAGCUUCUGGAUGAAUGACUCACGUGGUUGCAUGUCCUGCAUGGGAUAAUUCCCUUGUUGGGAUGCUUUGCACAGUGGCCUAGUCCUCUGUUCCUCUCCCAGUGUGUAGCUCUCAGCAAAGAUGUUCACAUUUGUUCAUCUCCAUGCAUCAAAGAAUAAAUUGAUCAGUUAAGCCAUAUUUGGUCUUAGGAAGUCUUAGACUAUGAAAGCCAGUGGCAAAUCGUGUUGUAACAUCAGAGAUCUGUACAGAAGUGAUGUCGAGAUAGUGCAGCGCAAAUAUCAUGAAAUCUUUUCUGAGUAGCUUUUUCUACCUUGUUUUUUUUUUAAUGCAUCUAUAUAGGCCUGAAUGCCAAAUCAAUGCAAUCCAUAGCGCAUGUUGGACACAAAGAGGAAAGGAUCAGCAAAACCUAUUUUUUAAUUAACAUAACCAUCACAUUGAAUGUGACCUUCAUUGUGAGAUUUGUACGACACACUUUGUUGAGUUGCAUAACGUAACAUCUACUGUAGUGUAGUGGGAAGAUACUAGCAAUAGACUGCUAUUCUGCUGAGUCCGUACAUGCAGGGGUUUCACUGUGCAGUAUUCACUACUACCUAUUGUUAUGAGCAGACUCCUCUUGCUUGGGCGGCUCAUGUGGAGGAUGUCUCGUUCAAAAACAAUAUGCUCAAUAAAAACUGAUUUGGUUUCAAAUGAA